AUGCUUCCCGAGCUGGAAACUCUUACUCCUCCAUCUCCCCAGGGUGAGUCUUUCUUCAUGACCACGUAUCCUGGCGACACGUACGACAAGGCCGGUGUUGGAGCUGCCAAUGUGGCCACGUCUGCCCCCUCGGGGGUCUCUGUGACCUCCGCCACCAUCACACCCGCCCAGCAGGCUGCCCAGAAGGCCGCGGGACACCCGGCCAUCCAGGGCACCGAGCCCAUUCCCACAAAGUCGCUCCAGAUCCGCACAGACAAGCCCCGGCCCCAUGUUUGUCUCACGUGCACCCGGUCGUUUGCGCGGCUGGAGCAUCUCAAGCGUCACGAGCGCUCCCACACCAAGGAGCGCCCAUUCCAGUGCCCCAUUUGCGAGCGGUGUUUUGCGCGCCGCGAUUUGCUGCUGCGACACAGACAGAAGUUGCACGCCAACUUCCCCGAGUCCCCCAAGGGCAAGGUCUCUCGUCGGCGGUCCAGUGUGGCGGUUAAGAGUGAUGUUUCCCAGGCAGUACAGAGCCAAGUUACACAGAGCCAGCAACAGACACAGACACAAACGCAGCACCCGAGUCAGACACAAACCCAACAGGGUCAGGUGACACAGCACCAAACGCCUAGUCAGACACACAACCAACCACCACACCCGAGUCAAGUGACACAGACACAGACACAGACACACCUUCACCACCACCAACCCACGCCAUCACAAUCGCAACCACAGCCACCACACGGCAUGUCGCCGACGGGGUCGGUUCUGACGUCGGCCAUGUCGCCGCCGGCUUUCUCCAACCCCUUCUCCAACCCGUUCGACAAGACGUUCGACAAGAUGGCAUUCGACAAGACAUCGUUUUCGGACCUCCUAAUGCACCCCGAAAACCACAUGGACAACGACCGGGAGCUGCGGGGCCGCCGAACGCGCCCGGCGUCGUUUUCGGCAUCAUCGUCGGCAUCGUAUCUCCGUGACGCAGACAUUGAUAUGCUCAAGGACAAGUUCCCAAUCGACGACCACGUGCAAGUGGAGUUUUCCACACCCCAGCUGGCGCCGGCAACGCUGGCCAACCCGGACUACUGCAUCGACGAGGUGCUGUUGUCACAGGGCCAGUCGUCGUUCGUCAACCCGCGGCUGCUCAACCACGAGUCGCCCGACGACUCCAGCGUCAAACACGAGCCCCUCAUGUCAAUGUUUUCCGGCGAUAUGGCCAACGACGACUUUGACUGGAUGUCCCAGUACGUUGAUACCAGUGACGGCCAGAACCAGACCCAGAACCAGACCCAGAACCAGACCCAGAACCAGACCCAGAACCAGACCCAGAACCAGACCCAGAACCAGUCCCACGGUCAGAGCCAGUCGUCACACCCCGGCAUGUCCCUGCUGACAUCGUCGGCGUCGCCCAUGAUGGCGUUUGCACCGUCGGACAUGAUUCUCACACCCCCCAACUCGAUGCAGUUCCACACCAACUUUGCCCCGUCCACGGGCUCCGGUGCCGGCUCCGCGCCCCCCAUGGACCUCGACAAUCUCGAUCUCGAUCUCGACUUCCAGAGCAACGGUAACAGCAACGGCAACGGCAACAGUGGCCAUUCCGGGCCAGCCGCCACACACACAAUCAACUCGACGGAAGACGUGCAUUCGUUCCUCGAAUCGCUCAACCAGGACUACCAGCCGAUGCACAAUGCCGAUCAGGGCGUUGCGGGUGCUGGCGUUCAGGUCCCCGGCCCCGGUCAUAUGCACCCCUCGAUACUCCAACAACAGCAACAACAGCCCAGCCCGCCAACGUACCAGGGCCCCACAAUCACGCCGCAGAUCCGUCUCGAGAUUCUGAAUGUGUUGUCGACGCCCACGCCGUACCAGACGGCGUUCAAGCUGCCCAAUACGGCGGACCUGCAGCGCUACGUGGUGGCGUUCCAGGACCACUUUGCCAAGCACUUGCCGUUCCUGCACUCGACCCUUGAGUUCAACAACGACAACAUUCCGCUGGCGCUGUGCAUGGCAGCCAUUGGAGCGCGCUAUCUGUUUGAGUUUGAUGUGGCCCAGUCCAUCUUCGAGGUGUCGCGGUGCUGCGUGCACGCCUAUCUCGAGCGGCGGCGGGGCAAGGGCUCUCAGCAGGGCAGCCCUCAGCAGGGUGUUUCCGGCACCGGCUCAGGCAGCACCGACACGCCCAUCUGGCUGAUCCAGGCGCUGACGCUGGGCGUUGUCUACGGACUGUUUUCCGACGACGCGUUGGUCAACGAUAUUGCAGUGGCGCAGGCGUCGGCCGUGGUGUCUCUGGCGCGGGCGGCGGGUCUGCAUCUGCCGGCGCACAACUUUUUCUCGCUGCCGGGGCCCGACUCGUCCGUGUCCGACAAGUGGCACUACUUCAUCAAUGUGCAGACGCGGAUCCGAACUCUUCACGCGAUCCACGCGCUGUCGUGCCUGGUGGCCACGGGCUACAAUGUGUGCACGAGUCUGAAAAACUCGGACAUUGUGUGCGGCUCGCCAUGCGACGAAUCGCUCUGGUCGUCGCAGUGUGCCAAUGAGUGGUGGGACAUUGUGAAGCGGAAGGAGCUGGACGGCUCGCUCAAGACGACCGUCGGGGGCCCCUCGUACGGACAGUGUCUCACUUCGCUGAUCCAAGGCCACACCCUGGUGGACAAGAUUCCGCAGUUUACGCUGCUGUCGCUCAUGUACGGCGCGCUGCUGGAGAUUUCUGAGCGGCGUAAGGUGUUCAACCGCAACUGGCACGGCUCCAGCGAGGAGAAGCAGCGGGCGUGGCUCAAUCUGCAGAAGAAGCCGAUCGAGAGCUUUCUGCGGACGUGGGAAACCACGUGGAGCAUGUCGCCGCUGGCGUCGCUGUCGCCGAACUCGCAGUACGGCCCGCUGAUGAGCGACGCCAUUCCGCUGAGCUCGCUGGCGCACGUGCGCACUUAUGUGGAUCUGCAGCCGGUCAAGGAGGCGUUUGCCAAGCGCAACUUCCAGCUGAUGGGCGAGGAGCUGUCGCGGCUGGAUGACGGUAUGUCUGUGGACUUCCACGGGCUACUGGAGGCGGCGUCGUACUCUGCGGACUCGAUUUCGCUGUGGGAAAAGCACUCUGUGCGAUGGACCAUGGAGACGCUGGUGUCGCAGACCUUUAUCCACGCGCUGAUGGCGAUUUUCGACUGCGGGCUGGUGGUGUCUGAGUUUUUCCGACGGCUGGAGCUCAAGCCCAAGUCCAUGUGGACGGACGCUGAGGCGCAGCUGUGGAUCCGCAUGUCGAAGAUUCUGUUCCGGGUGUGCGAGUCUGUCAAGGACAAGGACGGCUCGAUCGAUCUGGGCGUGCUGGCAAUUGACCAUUUGCCCACGCCGGAGAUUGGCAAUCCCAAGCAGCGGCUGUCGCUAUUGACGCUGCAUGUGGUGUCCAAAAUGCUCACCAGUGUCUAUGUGUGGCCGUAUAUGAAGACGAUGGCCGAGGCGUUGAGGUUUCGGGCACGCCAGAUUCGGUGA